CAUGAAAUGGCUAAGCGGUAAUUUUGCUUGUGCUGUAAACAAAUCCUGUGGAUCGAUCCCUAAUAAGAAAGAAAUCGUACAUGAAAACAUCCGCCAAUUUAGAGUACUCGAUGUUUUUGCAAAUACUCACAUCCGAGAAGUAACUAUUCAAGUACGUCCUAAUAAAAUUGUUCUCGAAGGCCGGCAGAUGACGCUAGCUUGUGGUGUAAAGUUAACAAUCGGCGAAGAUUUACCCGAUGAGAAUUCUCAGUCAUUCAACUGGUUAUUACCAUCGGGUAAAAGAGUAUUUUCUAAUAAAACGUGUCACAAUAUUAAAGAUCGAACUUUUAAUUGUACGUCGAAAUUAGUUCUGAAAGAGGUUAGACUUGAAGAUAGUGGCUUGUAUUCAUGCUACUUGAAUGGCAGACUAGAAAAAAGUUAUCAGCUAGAUGUAAAAUUCCCUACGAUCGACCUCACAUUUGACAAUGAAAGUCUGAAGAAAAAAAAAUCUAUGAUUCUAAAUAAGAAUUAUCUCGACGUAUCUCUUGAAAUAUUCUCUUUUCCAAUUAUGAAACAAGUAGCGUUUAUGAAAGAUUCCAAGGUUAUUUUCUCUCGAAAUUUCUCGAAAACCAAGUGGAUUAAUUUCAAAACUCAAAAACUGGGAGAGUAUUCUCAUAUGAUAGAGAAAAUGAACAUACGACAGAAUGAAAGUACAAGUGAAACAUUUCUAAACAUAUCCCUAAAGCAUAACGAAAGAAAACAAAGAAUAUUGUUUCAGCUCGACCGUAUUUCAGCUCGACCGUACUGUAGUUGGCAAUUGGAAAAACAGCACGUAGAUGCUCAUGUUUUCGUUUCAGCAAACGAACUUUUUAAGUUAGUUUGUGAUUGCAAAGGUCAUCCAAAACCUCUUUUCUCUAUUUUCAAGAGUUUUAAAGGCACUGAUUGGUCUCUUUAUGAUGAGAAUUUGAGAAAGUUUUCCACAAACUUAACGAUUAAGGCGGAAAUAAGUUCAAAAACUAAUUCUAGUAUUCAAUUCAAAUGCUUAGGGCAAAGUGAUGUAGGAACAAGUGAGGAUAUAUUAACCGUAUAUCCCGGGGAAUCUAAUAGAGCAUGCUUUUUGGAUUCUUCAACCGAAGUGCUUCUAUUUGAAGGAGAAAGUUUGUCAAUAGGAUGCUAUUGUAAUAAAUUUACUGGAUUAAGGCCUCGCUGGAGAUUUUUAAAUUCGAAUGCUUCAAAUACUCUAUUUUCAAUCGGCUCUCGGAUACAACUACAAAACACCACGAAAAAUGAUUCUGGAGUGUACACGUGUGAAAUUUGGCCUAAAGGCACACAAUUGACUCUUAAUUUAAAAGUAGAAGAUCCGCUUAAGCCCUAUAUUGUAACCUCUCUUAAGAAGAAUAGACAUAAUAUAGUCAGUGAGAAUAAAUUAAUUCUUUUCUGUGAUGUUAGAGGAUUACCAAGACCAAAUUAUGAAUGGUUUAAAGAUAAUAUUAGAUUAAACGAUAGUAAUAAUAAUAUUUUGUCCCUAACGAGCACAAACACAGAUUUAUUUGGUGAAUACGCUUGUAAAGCAUCUAAUUUUGUGGGUUCAGUGACAGAUAAAUAUCUUAUUUCUAAGAAAACGUCAUCAAUCACCUUAAUCAUUUCAAGUUCUUUAACAGUAUCAAUUUCAGUUGUCGUUAUCGGAAUAUUGAUACAUCAAAUAUGGAAGAAAACAUGGCAUCUGAAACAAAAACAGAAGGUUUACGAUGCUGCACUUUUAUUGUCAAGGACAACAGAUUUUAAUCCGGAAUUACCAAUACAACAACAGGUUGAUUGUAUUGAAUAUCAGAAAGAAUCUUAUGAAAUAAGCUUGGAGAAAAUCAAGUUUGAUGUAGCUUUAGGAGAAGGAGCCUUUGGUAAAGUUAUUCGAGCACAAAUUGAUGGUCUUUAUGACGAUGAUAGCUCGAGGAUGGUGGCUGUAAAGAUGGUCAAGAAUCGAGGUAGCUAUGAACAGGUAAAGAGUUUGUUGGAUGAGCUGAAAAUUUUACAAUACAUUGGAAAUCAUAAAAAUAUAAUUGGUCUACUUGGGGCUGUAACUGACAAACUAGAUAUGGGCAAAUUAUGCGUUGUAAUGGAUUAUUGCGCUAACGGGAAUUUACGAAAUUAUCUACUAAAAAAAGGAAAGGAAUUGAAAUUUUCGGCUUACUUGAAGAACGUGCCAUUUUAUAUGGAAAAGGAAACUUUUGAAAAUUAUAUGAAUGAAGAUAUUGGGAAAAAAAGUCAACUCGAGUGUCACAAGAUUCUCUCUUUAGCCGAUUUGACAUCAUAUGCUUUUCAGAUUGCGAAAGGAAUGGAAUAUUUAUCAAAUCUACAAUUUGUCCAUCGGGAUUUAGCUGCGAGAAAUAUUUUAUUGACUGAAGAUCAAGUCAUUAAAAUAGCUGAUUUUGGAUUAGCUCGAGAUAUAGAAGAUAAGGCAACAUAUAAAAAAACAACUGAUACUCCAAUUCCAAUCAAAUGGAUGGCUAUAGAAUCUUUAACUCACAAAAUUUAUUCAGUCAAAAGUGAUGUCUGGUCCUACGGAGUUGUUUUGUGGGAAAUCUUUACUUUGGGGAAAGUUCCCUUUCCUGAUCUACCACCAAAUUUUGAUUUUGUAAAACUACUCAUCAAAGGGGUAAGACUCCCUAGACCAAUCUGUGCCUCUGAAGAACUGUAUGAAUUAAUGAGAUUUUGCUGGGAAUCACAAGCCGAGGAUCGACCGAAUUUCAGCGACAUUGUUCGUGAAACUAAGCAAGAGUAUGAACGAAUAACGAAAUUUAUUAACUAUCAGGAUAAGAUGAACGAAUCUUCAAACCAGGCUUGUAAGACCGCUGAUAUUUGGUACAUUAAUGAAAAUCCGAAUGAAAGAACCAAAGAGACACUAGUUUAG